AUGUCUAAGUUUAUUUAUUUAGUACUUUCUUUAGUGGUAGUAAGCAUAAGUUGUUAUAAGUAUGUUUAUGCAUACCAAGAUGUGGAAUCGACCAACAGUAGACGUCAUUCGAUUAUGGCGAAAUGCGCUCAUAAGUUUGGAGUCACAGAUAAUGACCUUAGAACAGCUUUGAGAUCAGGUGAUGUGGAUGUCAUCGAUCCAUGUUUCUGGAGCUGCUGCUUCAAGGGUACUGGAGUUUUGAACAAAGAAGGCCUUUAUGAUUUAGAGGCUACUCUACCUUUGAUCAAACUUACAUUCCGUGAUGAUGACUAUAAGGAAGUGCAAGAAAUAGCGAAAUUGUGCGAAACAGUAAACAAUGAAAUCGUAAAUAACGGCGAUGCUGGAUGUGAAAGAGCAGCCAUGCUGGUGUCCUGCUUCUUAGACGGUGGUAGUAAUCGACACUUUUACUGA